AUGAUACCUUUAAAUGCGGAUUUAUCGUUAUUAUCCCUCAGCAAUAAACUUUGUCUAGAUGAAGUAGAUAACCAGAUGACUAUUCCAAUCGAUUGUCAAAAUGGCAUUGUAGCCAUAACGGAAUGCUAUGAUCGUCUUUGUUGGCAAGGUCAGUUACAACUUGCACUACACAUUACAGACAAAUGUAUACGUAUACAAAUUAUAAAAGCUCGUUAUCUUCAAGUACCUGUGGAUGAAGGUUACACCAUGUUUGUAGAAGCUCGAAUAGCACCAAAGUACUCACCUAACACCAAUACUUAUCAACUUCGAACUAAAUCUGUCCCCGAUUGUACUGCACCAGUAUUUAACGAAAAAUUCUCCUUUGAAAUUUCUCACAUAUCUCGUAAUGACCGAUUAUAUAUUGAGUUAUACUUAAAUCAGUCCAAAUUUGGUUAUAAAAAUGCAAUAUUUCUUGGAGGUAUGUCAUUUAAUAUUCGAAGAUUAAAACAAAAAUCUAUUGAAUCAUUAAAAUUAUUAUUAACUGAUUCACAAGAUAAUCAUUCUAUGAAUCUAUUCAAAGAAUCAACAACUCAAGAUUUGGAUCUAUCAAAGACAAACUUCAAAUAUUCCAAAUCUGAACAUUUUUCAAUUAGUUUACCUUCAUUAGAAGUAAUGAAUCAAGAUUUUUCUAAAUCACAAUGGUAUUAUUUAUUGGGACAAAAUUCUUGUUAUUGUCGUCAUAUGUCCGUAGGUACAAUACCACGUUUUUCUAAAUUGGAUACACAUGAAGAAAUCUCAUCUAUAGGAUCAUUUAAAUCAGGAUCAAAUUCAAUACCAUCUACAAUAACUAAUAUCAUGAUCAAAUCUGAAAGUUUCUCUACAUUAUCUUCUUUAAAUUUAAAUGAUAAUCGAAAUUUACCAUCAUUAACAGGUUUCGUAAGAAAGAAAAUCACAAUUCCCAGAUCGGACUCAGGUUAUGGUUUCACUCUAACAUGUCAAAUGGUCAAAUUUGAUUUUCAACAAUUCGCUAGUACUCCAAUUACUUCGUCUAGUCAUAAAGAUUCAUCAAAUAUUGAGCAAUGUAGUUAUUUACCUACUCAUAGAUGCUUUCGUAUUCAUUCAGUACAAAAAGAUUCACCGGCUGAUCAAGUUGGACUACCUGUUGGAGCUUAUCUUUUAGGGAUUGGAAAUACUCCGUUGAAUUGUACAUUGACGCUCAAAGAUGUUGUAGAGUGUAUGUCUAAAGCUGCAGAAAGUCAUCCAAAUAAAGCCAUAAUUUUAAAUAUUUGUUUGCCUGAUUGUAGUCGAGACUUAAAAUCUUACAAUCUGUCAAGGCAAAGCUCAAAUGAAGAUUUAAACUCUUUAGUUUCAUCUGAUCUACAAACUCAAACAAAGAACACCACGUACACAGGAAUUAACAAGAAUGAUAAUAAUAAUAAUAAUAAUAAUAAUAAUAAUAAUAAUAAUAAACACAUCUUCCAACCUAAUGAUUUUUCAUAUCAUUUACCUUCUGAUAAUUGUAUCAAUACUGUUUCUACUACUACAACUACAACAGUUAAUCACUCAAUAACAGAUUCAUUUAUUACAUCCAAUAUUAAUAAUUCAUGCCUUCCUCAAACAGUUACAACUACUGCUGGCUCAGUGAUGUUAUGCGAAGAAUGUUGUAUUGAUGAAAGUAUUUUACAUAACGACAAUGAAACUAAUAAUAAGAAUGGAAAUGGAAGUAUAACUCGACGUACACGUAUAUUAACUUUAGCACCACCUAUAUUAAAUCUUAAAUGGGAAGAUGUAUGCUUAGAUGAAGCUAAUAGACAAUGGGCAAUUGAAGCAUUAAUUAUUAAAUUAAUAAAUAUAUCAAAUAAUUUAACUUAUGGAAUUAAUGCUUAUCGUACUGGUUUACAAAAAAUUGCAAAUUUACAUCCAAAUGAUUUAAAUUCAUUAUUUUUUAAUAUUGUUGAGGUCGCUUCUCAGACAUGUAAACUGAAACAAAAUCUACAGAAUGGUUGUCUUCCAUAUGCUAUGUCAAAUCAUACAUCAUCGCCGCCAACAUCAGGUCCUCUUAUCAAAACUGGUGUAUUGAAUAAUAAAAAUAAGUUGAAACCUACAUUAUCUUCAUCAGGUUUGACACAAUCAGAGAAUUUUAAAACAGAUUCAUAUAAGAAAUAUAACGAUAGUAAUACAACUGGUGGUGGACGUGGCUUACAUAAACGAUUUUCGUUUCUGUUUAAACUACGCAAAAUUUCGGUUAGUGGACAACAAUCAUCUCCAAUCAAUCGAGAAAACAACAAACCAGCUAAUGACCAUGAUAAUACUGACUUUAGAGCAUCAAUUAUGUCAGAGAAUUUUACUAAUAAUUUUGUAGGCGAACAACUUGAUUAUCAAAAUAUAGUACAAAAAAAUCAGAUGAAGGAAUCAUUGCAUAAUCUAUCAUCUUGUCAACCAAGUUCUCCUCAUUCGUCAUCAUCGAUACCACCUAUACAUGGUCAUUUAGAUAAUCCUGGAACAAUUAUUGAGUUAACACUAAACAAUUUGUUGAGUCAAUGUAUAGAUUAUACAAAUGUUUAUCCAGAUCGUUUAAAAUAUUUUUAUGAAUUGCGAAAACAAUAUCCACAUUUGAGAUUGUUCCUUAAGAAUCAAGCUAUGGAACCAGGUGUCCCUAUCCUGUCAUUGUUUCUUACGCUACCAUCAGAGAUACCAAGAUGUUUAUUAAAUGGUUUGAAGAAUAUUGAAAAAUUUACAAGUGAUCAACAUAAAGAUCGACCAGCUUUGGAAAAAUGUAUAAAAGCUUUAUCAGAUGCAUUAACUUGUCAAUCAUUUUCAAAUACACCCAAUAAUGAUAAAUUGGAUGUCAAUAAUUUCGUCUUAAAAGAUAUGAGUUAUCUAUCAAAUACUCAAUCUGUCGAAAACAGUUAUCAAUCAUUAUCAUAUACUCCAUCUACUUCAUAUAUUCACAAUGAUGAUAACAGUAAACCAACAAUAUCGACACCGUCAGUUGAAAGUGAAAAUUCUUCUGUAAAUCCUCAAGAAACAUUGAAUGUUCAAGAAAAUAUAGAAUUAGCAAAAUUGAUGAAGUAUAUAUUACCACCAUUAUUUCCUUAUCCAAAUGAAUUAUUAACAUUUAAUCCAUCUGAAUGGUCAUCAAUUAAUCAUUAUAUUAUAUAUAAAAGUUAUCUUAUUUGUACUUUAUGUUCAAAACAAUAUCCAGAUUUAAUAGUAGAAGAUACAUCAUAUCGUGGUCCUGUAUUCGCUUAUUUAUUAAAUGAUGCCAUUCUGUUAGUUGUAUCGGAUAAAGAUGUUCUUGAAACUCGUCGACCAUCAUGUUUAGCCUACAAACCAAUAACUUUCAAUUUAAUUAGCUUUCAAGAUUAUGACAUAUCAGCUUUAUCAUUUCUACUUAUACUUACAAAUGGUACAACAUUGAAAUUUGAUUGUUCUACAAUAGAAAUUAAACUUGUUUGGAAAACACUUAUUCAACAACAAAUCAUAAUCAAUAAUAAUAAUAGUAAUAAUAAUAAUAAUAAUGUUAAUAAUUAUCCCUAA